CUUUAUCAUAAUUCAUUGCACAUUCGAAAUGAUGUUCAUUCCUCUCUCUUUUCUUCUGUUGCUGUCCGUCCUCUCAUUCACACUGGCCUCUCCUGCUCCUACAAUUGUCUCGUCAUCGAUAUCUUCUACACAUAUCUCAUCGAAGAGAAUCUCUGUAUCCGUCUCAUCGAAGAUAAGCUCUGUCUCCACCUCUCCAAAGGCACAAUCCACCUUCAUUGCGUCGAAAUCCUCCAAAUCUGUCUCGUCGAAGAGCUUACCAGCGAUCGUCUCGUUGAAGAAGUCUCUAGCAACCGUCUCGUCAAAGCAGUCCUCAGCUACCGUCUCACCGAAGACAACCUCGAAACCCGUCUCUUCAAAGACUCCUACAGCCGCCUCUUCCGUGGAACUAUCUAUUCCAGUCCCGUCUGAAACUGCAGCAUCUAAUCAAUCCGGACCCGAUGCCACGUCUUCCUCACGAAUCCAAGCGCCCUUUGAAGUGACUCACACAGGCUACCAUGAUCCCGGCCAAGACCACACACUCUACCCCGAAUACUUCUUUACUAAAGUCUCCGAUCCUGUAACAAACACCACCACGGGAUGUCUGUUCUACCAUGUCUACGUUCCUCAUAAUCGUUGGCCCAGCAUCUGGACUUAUUGCCAGGACCCUACUUUCGCGAUCAAGAUGGCUUAUUAUUCUUGGGAUAGACCUUCUUGGGGGUUGGAGUUCAGACACCAAUAUCAGGAGUGAGUUUUUCUGAACCAACGGCGCAUGUAUCGGAGCUGACGUAAUGUACAGGGAUGGCCAGAAGUGUGAUGAUGAAUCCAGCGACGAUUGCACCACUGUGCAUGCGUUCGUUUCGGUUGACUCGAAUACGCCAGGGUUUACUUCGAACGGAGGAGGUUUCUCUAACACGGAUUAUUACAAAGGGCCUGCGUAUGCGGGUGUGACCUUCAGGUGUACAGGCGAUUGUGGAGUGGUUUCGACAGAGAAGAUUGAGCCUUACCACGUCAAUGGGUAAUAGAAUGGAGAUAGAGGCAGCUGUAUCGGGCCUUGUGACAAGAUCAUGUUCUUCUGAGAGAGCGAAA